AAUCUCUUCUGUAUUUACCUGACAGUGUGACAAAUAAAAGAUUCACAGGUGCUCUGCAAUGCUCUGUACGAACAGCUCUGCGCAAAUAACUCUGUCGACCAAUUCCGCCCAGACGGGACGACCACCGGACGAGCCAGCUUUAGAUACCGGUCCCCUGCCACUGGCUGGGGCGAUGGAAAAGAAUAACAAAUCCCCUAGUACUGAAGCUGUUGCUGACACGGUUGUGGACGAGACCCAGACAGCUGCUAACCAAACGGCGGCGGCACUGACGGCAAGGGUAGAGACAGUUGCAGACACGGAUCCAAAUAAGUCGCUAAGCUCAAUUGGAGCCGGGAUAUCGAACAUCCCCACCAGCAGCCCUCAAUCCUCUUAACCGGCUUCCUAUGGCGAGGUGCUAGCAGGAGGAUUGAAUCUG